UACGUGCGUUACUCUGAGGAUCAGGCUCCAGACCCCGGCGCGAGGCCGCUCUCUCCGGGCUGCGGUCACACCUCCGCGUCAGGGCCGAGGGUGCAGACCCGGACGUCUGCAGGCCCUCGCAGCCAUCUGGAACUCCAAGACCGGCCCUGCCCUUCGGACUGCGUCCUCUGAGGAUUGGAAAUGUGUGGAAAAGAGGAAAAGACGUCUACAGGUGCUAAAGAGACAAGCGCCUUGAAACAAGAAGAUGCUUCUAAAAGGAAAGCAGAACUAGAAGCAGCUGUGAAAAAGAAGAUUGAAUUUGAGAGAAAAGCUCUACGUAUUGUUGAACAGCUUUUGGAAGAGUGUAUUACAGAAGAAUUCCUAAAGGAGUGUGGGAAGUUCAUCACACCUGCUCACUACAGUGAUGUUGUAGAUGAGCGCUCUAUCAUCAAACUUUGUGGUUAUCCUUUAUGUCAGAAGAAGCUGGGAAUCGUACCAAAACAGAAAUAUAAAAUUUCUACCAAAACCAAUAAAGUCUAUGAUAUUACUGAAAGAAAGUGUUUUUGCAGCAAUUUUUGUUACAAGGCAUCUAAGUUUUUUGGAGCACAGAUUCCAAAAACUCCAGUAUGGGUUCGAGGAAAAGAGAGGCAUCCUGAUUUUCAGCUGCUGAAGGAAGGACAAAGGGGCCAUUCAGGAGAAGAAGUACAGUUAUGCAGUGAAGCCAUUAAAACCUCGGACAUUGACAAUCCUGGUCAUUUUGAAAAUGAGUAUGAAUCUAGCUCUUCUAGCACUUACAGUGAUAAUACCAGUGAUAACGAGCUAGACUUCAUUUCCUCCAUUCUACCAGGAAACAGACCAAAUGCAACGGGUACAAGGCCACAGCUGCACAAAAAAAGCAUAAUGAAAAAGAAAGCUGGUCAAAAAGCUGACUCCAAACAGAAAGACAAAGAGCAGAUGGUAGAAACUGUCACUGAGGAGUUAGGUAAUUGUAGAUUAGAUAGUCAGGAGAAAGCUACUACUUAUGAACUUCCUUUACAGAAAGUAAAUACUCAGAUUUCUUCAAAUAGUCCUUCGCAUGAAAGAUUAAAAGCUUCAACAAAUUCUGAAAAUAAAUGCAGUAUGUCAGAAAUAACUCUUGUAGGCAUAAGUAAGAAAAGUGCUGAGCAUUUUAAGAGGAAAUUUGCUAAAUCAAACCAAGUUUCUAGGUCAGCCUGUAGUUCAGUACAGGUGUGUCCUGAAGUUGCAAAGACAAAUUUACUUAAAGUUCUUAAGGAGACUUUGAUUGAAUGGAAGACAGAAGAAACUUUGAGGUUUUUGUAUGGCCAGAAUUAUUCUUCUGUGUGUCUGAAACCCUCAUCAAUCUCUCUGGUUAAUGAAGAACUUGAUGAAGAUGACAUAAAUUCUGACCCAGAUAGUCAUUCCUCUACCUUGAGGGAAUCUCAGAACAGCCUGGAUGAGUCUUUACCAUUUAGAGGCUCAGCUACAGCCAUUAAGCCACUGCCAAGUUAUGAGAACUUGAAAAAAGAAACUGAGACAUUGAAUCUGAAGGUCAAGGAGUUUUAUAGAGGACACUAUGUUUUAAAUGAAGAAACCACAAAAUCACAAGAUUCAGAACAGCUCAAUCCCAGCUUUCCACUGAUAGAUUCAAGUUCCCAGAAUCAGAUCAGAAAACGCAUCGUACUUGAAAAAUUGAGUAAAGUAUUGCCUGGACUUUUGGGUCCUCUUCAGAUUACAGUCGGAGAUAUUUACACUGAACUUAAAAAUCUUGUCCGAACAUUCAGAUUAACAAAUAGAAACAUUAUACACAAACCUACAGAGUGGACUUUAAUUGCUAUGGUGUUGCUGUCGUUACUGACCCCAAUUCUUGGCAUUCAGAAGCAUUCUCCAGAAAAUAUGAGGUUUACACAAUUUAUAGCAACUCUGCUCAAAGAAUUACAUUUAAAGAAUGAAGACCUUGAGAGUUUAACCAUCAUAUUUAAAACCAUCUGUUAACCAAACUGAUAUAUUCAGGAAGACUGAAUACGCGAACUUUUACUUAUCACAUAUGGAAUUCUACCCACAAUGAGGGUCCCAUGAUGGAUGACUGAUAACUGGCUUUGUUCGAAAAAAAUGAUCAUUACCUGCUCAGGUUUCUCAGGAUCUUGCAGUCUCUAACUGUAGAAGAUAACUUCCCGAGACAGAGGAGAACAAUUACUCCAACAAGAAUAACCAAGCUUUUGCAUCCCUAGCUACAAGACAUAGUCUUUUCAUUUGAAAAGGAAAAUUGAAGUCCUAAUUUUAAACUUGAAUGAACAUGCAAUUUGUGUGUGGCACUGAGGAUUGAAACAAGGAUCUUGCACUUGCUAGGCAAGUGCUCUACCACUAACACUACACCCCCAGCCCUUUUGUUUGUAUUUAGUUUAAGAGAGGGUCUUGCUAAAUUUUGCCCUGACAAGCUUCAAACUCACAAUUCUCCCUCUACCUCCUGAGUAGCUGGGAUUACAGGCAUGUAUACCACAUCCAGUUUGAAUGAAUAUUCAAGAAAAUGUAAUGACCUCUAAAUUUUUCUGGAUGAUUCCAGCCAUUGUAUCAGUUGACCAAAACAUUGAAAAAAAUUAUAAUUUUGGCUUUCCAAUGUAAGCAAAUAAUUAGUUCAAGAAAUGUAAUCUGAGAUGAAGCCCUUUAGAUUUCCAAUCUAAAAGGCUUUUAAAAAGACUAAGUCAGUGUUCUGUAACAUGGUCCUGAGCACCAUGGUUAACCUCACAAAUCAAAACAGGAGAGCCGGGCACCCGUGGCUCACACCUGUAAUCCUAGCUACUGAGGAAGCAGAGAUCAGGAGGAUUGUGGUUCAA